AUGUUAACAUACUGGCACAAAUUAGGUUGGUUGAAUGACGAUUGUCAUCAUACAUCAAGAGCGGAUUUACAACCUAAAAUUGAAAUAGCUAUACAAAUUUAUCGAACAGCUAAUCGUUUAUUAUUUGAUAAAGUAGAAUUCCAACUUGAACUUGAUGCUUGUAUACGUUGGUGUAGUUUAUUACAAGAACAAAAUGAUCUUAAAAUAUAUCUUAAUGCUUAUCUUGCGGAAGCAUAUGCUUUUGUUAGUUAG